AUGUCUAACAGUGAACAAAGAGAGAUUUUACCUACUAAUUUGACACCAUUACAUUAUGAUGUCGAAUUGGAACCAAAUUUUGAUUCCUUUAAAUACAAUGGUAAGACUUCCAUUGAUUUAAAAGUCAAUUCGGCUGAUAACAUUAUUAAAUUAAACGUCUAUGAGAUUAACGUAUCUAAGAUUAGCUUACAAUUAAAUGAUUCUACCCUUAUUGACGUUGAGACCUUUGAUAAUGAUAAUGAAGCCCAAAUUUUGACAAUCAAUUUGGCAAACGAAUCUGUUUUAAAAGAUUUUAUUGGAAAGACAAUAAGAUUAAAUAUCGAAUUUGUUGGUGAAUUGAACGAAAACAUGGCUGGUUUCUACAGAGCAAAGUAUGAAGAUAAGAUUACUGGGGAAACAAAAUACAUGGCUACAACUCAAAUGGAACCAACAGAUGCUAGGAGAGCCUUCCCAUGCUUUGAUGAACCAAAUUUAAAAUCCACAUUUAGCAUCACUUUGAUUUCUUCUCCAAAUUACACCCAUUUGUCCAAUAUGGAUGUUAAAAGCGAAGUAAUUGACAAGGAAACUGGUAAGAAAAUUACUUUGUUCAAUGUCACUCCAAAAAUGUCAACUUACUUAGUUGCCUUUAUUGUUGCAGAAUUGAAGUAUGUCGAAAACAGGGACUUUAGAAUCCCUGUCAGAGUUUACGCAACUCCAGGUAACGAGAAGGAUGGUCAAUAUGCUGCAGAUUUAACUGCAAAGACGUUGUCAUUCUUUGAAAAGACCUUUAACAUUCAGUAUCCAUUACCAAAGAUUGACAAUGUCGCUGUCCAUGAAUUUUCAGCCGGUGCAAUGGAAAAUUGGGGUUUAGUUACUUACAGAGUAGUUGAUGUCUUGAUAGAUGAAAAAAAUGCUACUUUAGAUAGAGUACAAAGAGUCGCAGAAGUUGUUCAACAUGAAUUAGCUCAUCAAUGGUUUGGUAACUUGGUUACUAUGGACUGGUGGGAAGGUUUAUGGUUAAAUGAAGGGUUUGCUACAUGGAUGUCUUGGUACUCUUGUAAUGAAUUUCAGCCAUCAUGGAAUGUCUGGGAACAAUAUGUCACAGAUACUUUACAACAUGCUUUGAGUUUAGAUUCUUUAAGAUCAUCCCAUCCAAUUGAAGUUCCUGUUAAGAGAGCUGAUGAAAUUAAUCAAAUUUUUGAUGCCAUUUCGUAUUCUAAGGGUGCCUCUUUAUUAAGAAUGAUCUCAAAAUGGUUAGGUGAAGAUGUAUUUAUUAAAGGUGUUUCCAAUUAUCUAAAUGAAUUCAAAUACAGUAAUGCUAAGACUGAAGAUUUAUGGAAAGCUUUGUCUGCAGCUUCAGGGAAAGAUGUUUCAAAAGUCAUGAAUAUCUGGACCAAAAAAGUUGGUUUUCCAAUCAUUAUAGUGGAAGAAGAUCCAGCUGAUCCAAGAAAAAUUACUUUGACUCAAAACCGUUAUUUGAGCACUGGUGACGUUAAACCAGAAGAAGAUGAGACCUUGUACCCUGUUUUCUUAGCAUUGAGAACCAAGGAAGGUGUCGAUCACUCUGUUGUAUUCAAUGAGAAGACAACUACAAUCAACUUGAAAGAUGACAGUGACUUUUUUAAAAUCAAUGGUGGUCAAGCAGGCAUCUACAUUACUAAGUAUUCUGAUGAGAGAUAUGCUAAACUAUCAAAGCAAAGAGACCUAUUGUCAGUGGAAGAUCGUACCGGUUUAGUCGCCGAUGUAAAGGGUUUAGCCUCAUCUGGUUAUACCUCCACUACCAAUUUCUUGAAAUUAGUUUCUGACUGGAAAAACGAAGAAUCAUUUGUUGUCUGGGAACAAAUAAUCAACAGUUUGUCUGGCCUUAAAUCUACAUGGAUUUUUGAAUCUGAAGAUGUCAAAGAAGCAUUAGAUGAAUUCACUAGACAAUUGAUAUCAGAAAAGAUCCAUAAGCUAGGUUGGACUUUUACUGAGAAUAAGGGUGAAACUUCUUCUUUUGCAGAACAACGUCUAAAAGUCACUUUAUUCAGCAGUGCAGCUGCUGCUAGAGACCCAGUGGUUGAGAGAGCAGCUAUGGAGAUGUUUGAAAAAUACACAUCUGGUGACAAAAACGCUAUUCAUCCACUAAUCAAACCAGUUGUCUUUGCCACGGCUGGUAGAAUCGGUGGUAUUGAGAACUAUGAAAAAAUAUUUAACAUCUACAAGAACCCAGAGACUUCAGAUGAAAAAUUAGCUGCAUUGAGAACUUUAGGCAGAUUCAAUGAUCCGCAAUUAAUUCAAAGAACAUUAGGCUACUUAUUAGAUGGAACUGUUUUAAACCAAGAUAUCUACAUUCCAAUGGGCGGAUUAAGAGGUCACAAGGAAGGUAUAAUUGCACUAUGGAAAUGGAUGCAAGAAAAUUGGGAUGAGUUAGUUAAAAGAUUACCACCAGGUUUAUCCAUGCUAGGCUCUGUUCUAGUAGUUGGUACUUCUGGCUUUACCUCUUUAGAAUCCGUGAAAGAUAUUGAAACAUUCUUCAAGGGCAAGUCUACUAAAGGUUUCGAUCAAAAUUUGGCUCAAUCUUUGGACACCAUUACAUCUAAGGCGCAAUGGAUUACUAGAGAUGCCGAUUUAGUCAAGAGUUACCUAAAAGAUAAUGGCUUUUAUAAAUAA